AUUUAAUUAAUAAUAUUUUAUUCUCCCACUGCGAUUCUCUUGUGUCCACCGCCUCCCAUCGCCGCCACCAUCUCCAACCGCCGCUCACUAACCACACCUCUCUCUCGGUCCUUCCACCGUCGCCACUUCCUCCCACCCCGAUGGCCGCCACUUCUUCCCACCUUUUCCCACCACGGCAACCCCAGCUCUUUCUUCUCUCCUCUCUCUUUCUCUCUCCUCAAUCACUACGAGCCAAACCCUAGACAUGCGGAAUUUCAGAUCUCAAAUAUUCCAAAUCCAUAACCGGAAGAAUUUUACAGUAAAUUGGAGAUUUUGAUACUUCAUAUAGCAUGCGAGAUUUGAAUUUGUGACGUCUUUCAUGACACACAGUGACUGUAAAAUUGAUGUACAGUGCAACAAUACUCAUCACAGCCUCGAGAGCGGAAGAGAAGAAAAAGAGCAUUGGAGGCUAGCAAUGAAGCUCUGUUCUGUAGCGAGUCUAGCGACUCUGCUAUUCAGCCUAUUAUUGUUGUCUCUCUUCUUCGCAUUCUCAUCCGCAGCUUAUAAUGUUACCUACGACCGUCGCUCUCUCAUCAUCGACGGCCAGCGAAAGCUUCUCAUCUCCGCUUCCAUUCAUUACCCUCGAAGCGUUCCAGCGAUGUGGCCGGGCUUGGUUCAAACAGCGAAAGAAGGAGGUAUCGAUGUGAUUGAGACCUAUGUCUUUUGGAAUGGUCAUGAACUUUCUCCAGGAAAGUUUUAUUUUGGGGGACGGUACGAUUUGGUCAAGUUUGUGAAGAUUGUUCAGAAGGCCGGCAUGUAUCUAAUUCUUCGAAUUGGUCCAUUCGUGGCAGGCGAAUGGAACUUCGGUGGGGUACCUGUUUGGUUGCAUUAUGUGCCUGGGACCGUAUUCCGAACUAAUAACGAACCCUUCAAGAAUUACAUGCAAAAGUUCAUGACAUUCAUAGUGAACCUGAUGAAGCAAGAGAAGCUCUUUGCAUCUCAAGGAGGUCCCAUCAUCAUGGCACAGGUAGAAAACGAGUAUGGAGACACUGAAAGUAUUUAUGGAGAUGGGGGAAAGCCAUAUGCCAUGUGGGCUGCCAAAAUGGCUCUUUCUCAAAAUAUUGGUGUGCCUUGGAUAAUGUGCCAGCAGUAUGAUGCUCCUGACCCAGUGAUCAAUACAUGCAAUUCGUUUUACUGUGACCAAUUCAAUCCAAAUUCUCUGAACAAGCCCAAAAUGUGGACCGAGAAUUGGCCUGGAUGGUUUAAAACAUUUGGGGCCAGAGAUCCUCACAGGCCACCAGAAGAUAUUGCUUAUUCCGUUGCUCGUUUUUUCCAGAAAGGCGGUAGCUUGCAAAAUUAUUAUAUGUAUCAUGGUGGGACAAAUUUUGGUCGCACUUCUGGUGGCCCAUUCAUCACCACAAGUUAUGAUUAUGAUGCUCCUAUUGAUGAAUAUGGUUUAGCUAGGCUUCCAAAAUGGGGGCACCUUAAGGAACUUCAUAAUGCUAUAAAGUUAUGUGAGCAUGCUUUGCUCAACAGUGAGCCAACCCUGCUUUCACUAGGUCCUUUACAAGAGGUCGACAUCUACGAGGACACUUCAGGAGCUUGUUCUGCAUUUAUUGCUAACAUGGAUGAUAAAAAUGACAAGAUCAUAGAAUUUCGGAAUGUAUCAUAUCAGCUGCCAGCAUGGUCAGUUAGCAUUUUACCAGACUGCAAGAAAGUUGUAUUUAACACUGCAAAGGUUGGAUCUCAAACUUCUAUAGCUGAGAUGGUACCAGAAAAAUUACAGCCAUCAGUUACAUCACCAGCUAAAGACUUGAAAUCUCUUAAAUGGGAAGUAUUUGUAGAGAAAGCUGGGAUAUGGGGAGAAGCUGACUUUGUUAGAAAUGGAUUUGUCGAUCACAUCAACACCACAAAAGACACUACUGACUACCUCUGGUAUACGACAAGUGUACAAGUUGAUGAGAAUGAAGAAUUCUUGAGGAAAGGAAGCCAGCCAAUGCUUUUAGUUGAAUCAAAGGGUCAUGCUCUUCAUGCUUUCGUGAAUCAGAAACUUCAAGUCAGUGCAUCCGGAAAUGGCACGGUGUCACCCUUCAAAUUCAGAAGUCCCAUUUCUCUGAAGGCAGGGAAGAAUGAAAUUGCUCUCUUAAGCAUGACUGUUGGCCUACAAAAUGCAGGGCCAUAUUAUGAAUGGGUUGGAGCGGGGUUAACAAGUGUCAAGAUAGAAGGGUUUAGCAAUGGAAUAAAGGACUUGUCAACAUAUACUUGGACCUACAAGACUGGGCUGCAAGGAGAACAUCUAAGUAUAUACAAAGCAGAUGGUUUGAAUAACGUAAACUGGGUAUCAACUUCAGAACCACCAGAAAAACAGCCUCUUGCAUGGUACAAGGCGGUUGUGGAUGCCCCACCUGGAGAUGAGCCUAUUGGAUUGGAUAUGAUUCAUAUGGGGAAAGGCCUAGCUUGGUUGAAUGGUGAAGAAGUUGGAAGAUACUGGCCUAGAAAAGCCUCUACACAUGAAGCGUGUGUUGAUAAAUGCGAUUAUAGAGGCAAAUUCAGUCCAAACAAAUGCAGCACAGGAUGUGGAGAGCCAACACAAAGAUGGUACCAUGUUCCACGAUCUUGGUUUAAGCCAUCUGGGAACAUCCUGGUGAUCUUUGAGGAGAUUGGGGGAGAUCCAACUCAGAUUAGAUUCUCGAGACGGAAAAUCAAGGGUGUCUGUGCUCUUGUUUCAGAGGAUCAUCCAUCAUUUGAACUGGAACCUCGGCUUGAAGACAAAGCAACUGUUACUCUCAAGUGCCCCAGGAACAGUCGCAUUUCCUCUGUCAAAUUUGCCAGCUUUGGAACUCCCACUGGAAUGUGCGGGUCCUACACCAAGGGAGAUUGCCAUGAUCCUGAUUCCACUUCUGUGGUUGAAAAGGUUUGCCUAAAUAAAAAAGAGUGCGCCGUCGAACUUACAGAACAAAAUUUUAAUAAGGGGUCGUGUUCCAGCACAGAAAAGAAACUUGCUGUUGAAGUGGUUUGCGGCUGAAGUUCGGAGUGCCAGGAGAUUACCACGCGCAGACAAUUAAAUUGUUUACAUUUUCAAAAGAUUUUGUUUAUUUUUGUUGUUCUUGUUCUUGUUCUUACUAUUAUUAUUAUUUUUACAUAUGUAGCAGGAAAGUCUGCUUAUAUUGUCAAAUUUUUUUUUCCCCUUCAAAUGACUACCAUAUGAUUGAGUGAUUGAAAAUAUUAAAGAUAUUCUCAACAAAAAAGUUGCAAGGAUAAAUUUUCAAAUUUGGUCACCA